AAUGAUAAUUCUGCUAAUCCAGUGACAGGAUAAUAGCAAUCGAAGUAUUCAUAGAGUUUGGAAUCUUUAAGCGGCGAUUUUUGGGGGUUUUCUUCCAGAAGUACUGGUCACGUAUCUGAAUUAUUUUUUCUCGCACAAGCAUUGGAAAAAAAAUUAAAGGUAAAUAAUAUAGGAAAUUCUCUAGUUAAAAAAAUGUCACGUUUUCCCCGUCAACUACUAACCUUUAUCUAUCCGCGGCAUUAAACUUUUACUUAACUCAAGUGUUCUAAUGAAUAAAAAAAAUCUCAAAGCGUGUGUAACUCGGGCAUAGUCGUAAUUAAUUUUGAAGCAUAUAUCAGCGAUCCGAAAAAAUCAGUCACCGUAAGAUUUUUGAGCUUCGUUAAGUUUUACUGUGGAUUUUUCAGAUAUUGCACAGUGCUCACAAAAUAACGAAAUAUUGUGAAUGUUUGUAAGAAACGUUGCAUAACCUUUUUUCAUAACUUUGGAUCAUAUCGGUUUCGUCAACGCUGCAGUUAAAAACCACCGAUAAAAACUUCAAAACCCAUAACAGUUUCCUCGGAUAAGAUAUCAGUCGGCCUACUUAUGAUGACAUUUUCUGGGCUGCUUUGUUCAAGAUUGUAGCUGCUGCACAUCUAUUCAAAGGGAUUUGUAUGCGGGUUGGCCUUCGGUAGGAGCAUGCUGCGGGGCCCGGACCGGGGCUGGGUGCCCCUCCCCGCCCUCCUCGUCCUCCUUGCCGCCACCCCCGCACCCUACGUCACACCCCUCGAUAUCAGAAACUGCAGCGGUCCCCUGGGCAUGGAGUCGGGAGCCAUUUCGGACGCCCUCGUUACAGCCAGCUCAUCUUACGUGCCCAACGUCGGCCCCAAGAACGGACGGUUGCGGCUGGAGCGGGCGGGCGGUGCGUGGUGUCCGAAGCAGCAGGUGGAGAAGGGCGUGCGGGAGUACAUCCAGAUGGACCUGAGUCGGCUCCAUUUCGUGACCGGAAUCCAGACCCAGGGGCGCUUCGACCACGGGCGCGGCCAGGAGUACGCCGAGGAGUACAUGUUCGAGUACUGGCGCCCCGGCCUCAAAGACUGGAAGCAGUACAGUCGCUGGGACGGCAAACAGAUCUUGAUGGGAAACAGCGACACAGCAACGGUGGUGACCCAUCGACUCAUGCCAGCCGUCUAUGCGAGUCAAGUACGAGUUCUGCCUUACAGUGUCCACAGAAGAACAGUUUGCCUCAGAGUAGAGAUCCUCGGCUGCCCUGCAAAAGAUGGGAUGGUCAGCUACCAGAUCCCUCGGGAGCCGAGUUGGGACACGGGUCAGGACCUGAGCGACUCGACGUACGACGGCGAGGUGAACGAGACGACGCUGUCGGGGGGCAUGGGUCGGCUCGCCGACGGCAUCUUCGGCGGCGACAACUUCAAAUUGGACAUCGGAUACGGUCGGGGAAGCGGUUGGGUAGGCUGGCGCAAGGAUUCUUUCCCGAAAAAUAGCUUCGAGAUGGUGGUGGAGUUCGAGCGGGUCCGUAAUUUCAGCGUCGUCCACUUCUUCACGAAUAAUUUAUUCAGCAAAGGUGUUCAGGUCUUCUCGAAAGCUCGGAUCCAAUUCAGCAUGGACGGGCAACAUUACGGAGGCCGAACGGUGACCUACAACUACAUGCCAGACACAGUCCUCGAAAAUGCGAGGAAUGUCACUAUACAUUUACAUCACCAUAUCGCCCGAUUCAUCAAGAUUCAGUUCCACUUCGCCAAUCAGUGGAUUAUGCUCAGCGAAAUGGAUUUUGAGUCAGAGGUCUUGUCCGGAAAUACCACCAGCGAGUCUCUACUGCAACUUGGAGAGGAGGAAAUUCUUAUCAACUCGGGGAACAUGCUUGAUCCUCCGUGGGACUCUCUAGAACCAAUCACUGCCUCAAAGGAAGGGGAUGGGACCGUCGAAGCUGUAAUUGGUGUUUUGACAGCGAUUGUCCUUCUACUGGUCGGAGUCUUCGUUUUUGUCCUGGUCCUCAGCAGAAGACACAAACUUCAAGGUUCGCCAACCACCAUCUUGAAAAAUCCUUUUGGAGUUAAUAUCAACAUGAAGGAUCUCCUGAUCAACCUAUCGCCGCUGAACAACGCGACGACGAUCCACCUGAACAACCUGGCGACCUCGACGAGCCCGGACGGUCAAACGGACCUGGAGGACGACUCGCCGAAACCACCCUCGUACACGGACAAGCAGGACUACGCCCUGAUCACGAACCACCUGGACCACGACCACAGCUUCAGCGUCGUCGAGAAGGAGGGCCCGGGGAGCGGGAGCGGCUACGACACGGACGCCACCGCCCCGGCGCCCACCCCGCAGCGCCCGGCUCGGACCUACUCCAAGAGCAAGCUCGUCAACGAGUACGCUGUGCCGCACCAGCCCCUCGACGCCGGCUCCGUCAAGGGCUCGCAGGCUGAUCUCAGUCUCGUCUCCGGUCUGGUUAAGCCUGAGUACGCUCCGCUCAGGCCGCAGCAUUUUGUGUCUACGGACAAUAAUUUGCAAGAUCUAGAAGAGUCAAAAGACGGUGUAGACAAUAAUCGAUCGAAACAUUCUACUCACAGCUUGCAAAACACUUUGCAUGCCGCUCCGAGGAUUCCAAUCGCACCGCAUCCCGGCUCUGAACCAAUCACACGGAAGCGAUAUCAUACGUCACCGCGAGAAAAACAUAGAAUGUCAGUGCCUUCUGUGUCGUGGAAUAUAGCUCCUGCGAUGGGACAGGUCUACAAAUGCAGACAGGGUGACUUGGUGCCUAUUCCGAGGUAUUGUUUGAAAGUAUCUCAUCGCCUGGGUCAUUGCCAUUUGGGAGAGGUGAUAAUUUGCGACACGGACGAAAUCGAUCUGAACGUGGACAAAGUUGCAGUGCGAACGUGUCGGGGGGACAGCGUGAGGGAGCUCCGCUUCCUGUCUAGUCUCAUAGACCCGCAUAUCGUCAGAAUCCUGGGCGUUUGUACUGCUGAGCAACCUCCCUGGACCGUAAUGGAGUACCCGAACGAGAUGGGGGAUUUGGCGCAACUUCUCAGAACCACUGACAAUCUAUCGUGUAGCAUAAUGACAUACAUGGCUUCACAAAUAGCGUCGGGUAUGCGAUAUUUAGAAUCUAAGAAUGUAGUUCAUAAGGAUUUAGCCGCCAGGAACUGUCUCGUGAGCCGAGGGUACCAAGUAAAAGUAGGUGACUUAGCAAUGUGCAAUACAAUAUAUAAAACGGAUUAUGUAGAAGUUGGGAUCCGACCACCAGCUCCUAUACGAUGGUUACCUUGGGAGAGCGUGCUUCUGGACAAAUAUACAUGUCCCAGCAGUGUUUGGAUGUUUGGUGUCACAUUAUGGGAGCUUUACAGUCUAGCCAGAGAGAGGCCUUUUACGCAUUUUACUAAUGAGCAAGUCAUUCAAAAUGCCGAGCAUAUGUAUUACGGCAGUGAGCUUCAGGUUUUCCUUGCUAAACCCAACUCAUGCCCACCAGAAAUCUAUGAGGUAAUGUGUCACUGUUGGAGCAGAGAUCAAGAGCAGCGGCCCACCUUCAAGCAGUUGUACAAAUUUCUAAACCACAAAGUUACCGAUACCUUUGUUAAUGACGAAGACUAUUCUGAUAGAAAUGUAUAACUUUAAGUAAGAGUUUAUUUUUGAAGAUGUGGAAGUCGGGAUAUAAUUCUCGACCAUUAAGAGAAGAAAUUUCUUCUGAAAUGUUGGUUCUGCAAAAAUGACACUACCAUUCAUUUAAUUUCUACAUCGUUUUCAAAGAAUCAGUCGUUGAAUGGAUAAAUACUCCUACACUGAAUUUUUA